AAAAGAAAUUGUGUCCUGAUUGUUAGGAUGAAUGUUGGAGUUGAGUGCGGCAGUGGAAAUUAAAGCAGCAUACAAAAAGGAAGAAGAUGCACAUGAUAUAUGAUAUAUGAUUUAUUAAUAUUAUUAUUGUCCAUUUUCAAAUUAAAUUAUUAAUUAGCUUCUUCAACUAUAUCUAUAUGGAGUAUAUAAAUGGUUCAAUUCGUUUCCAUUACUUUUCUAUCUCCUCAUGACUCUGAUAUAAUUAAUUAAUAUUAAGCAUGUCAUCAAGUAGAAGACUAGUGAGGCAUGUGUUUGAUGUUCCUGAAGAGAUAUGUUACGUGCAAUGUGGAUUGUGUUCAUCCAUUUUAGUGGUGAGUGUGCCAUGCACCAGCAUGUCAAUGGCGGUUCUCAGUGUCAGAUGCGGCCACUGCACAACCGUUCUCUCUGUCAACAUGUUCAAACCUUCCUUUCUUCCUUCUCUAGUAACCCCUUCCAAUCAGCUAAAUAUUGAGGAUGGCAACAAGAUUAGCACUUUGAACACUCAUAAUAAUUAUAAUGAUUGUGAGGAAGCCAAUAAUGAUGUAACUACUCCAUUUACAACUGAUUCUGCUCCCAAUAAACCACCAGAAAAGAAACAGCGAACACCGUCGGCUUAUAACUGUUUCAUCAAAGAAGAGAUUAAGAGGCUUAAAGCUGAAAACCCUGAAAUGGCCCACAAGGAAGCUUUCAGUACUGCUGCAAAAAAUUGGGCCAAUUUCCCCCCAUCUGAGUAUAGAAGAGGAGAUGAUGAAAUUGACCAAGACCGCUCUACCCACACACCCCAACUUGCUAAUAAUAAUAAGGUAAGUUUGAAGGUGGAUAUUACAAUGAAGACUUUAUCAUUGUCUUCAUGUGAAAAUAUUUCCUUUUGACCUUUAGAUGAUGGAUUGGAUGGUUAGAUUUUGAUAUUUAUAAAAGUGCUGUUUUUGUUUAAAGUGUGGCUAAAUAAAUAAAUCACACUUUUAAACAAAGCAUC